AUGUUGGAGGGACUAUGCGUGCGCAAGGCUGUGGAGCGUCUGCGGCAUAAGACAUCACAACAGCGGCAACUCGUUAAUGAGAUGCGGGAACGCGCUGAUGCCCUUACUGCAAGUGGCCUCGCUGCUGCUCGUGCAAGGCGGGACCCGGCUGCGCAGAAGCUGCAGCACCAGGAACCUUGCUUUGUGGAGGUAGCAAGCAGCAGCAACCUGCAGCGCGGUUUCUCUCCUGAUUGUAUGCUAAGUGGCGUCGCGAUUGGUGUGUCGGAUACGCUUGACGUGCGAGAGUUUUGCACGCGGUACGGGACUCAGUCACAGCUACUGCAGCAGAUGCCACAAACAGAAUUUCCUUUCGUCUCCUGGCUUCGCCGCCAUGGUGCCCAGUUUGUCGGAAAGUUGGCGUGUCGGACACCGCUGACAAUCGAUGAGGCAAGUCUGAUUGUUUCUGACAACCCUGCUGCCGUGGCCGUUUCUCGGAAUGCGUGUAACUACGCCAUCAGUUCCUCGCUUAUGGGGCCUGCAGCCCUGACAUCCCCCUUACAUCAUCCUAUUGCUUCAUUUAAACCCACAGCGCAGUCGUUUGCGACAUUUGCGGAGGGUUAUCGACUCUCGGUUCCGUCCAUGUCCUUCGGUAUAACCGCGGGGACUCUCGAUGAUAUAUUUUAUUUGUGGGAAGUAUUUACGUCAGCCAUUCAACCAGCCUCAUUCUUUGACACUCAGAGCGGUGAUACAACCGAUGGGAAUGACGGGAAUGCCGUCACCGAUAGCAAUAAGGCCACCGGAUCCACGAAACGGAGGCGCCCGGUGCCCUCCCCUCCAAAUGACUCGAGCGCGAACCGUUAUGGAUAUGCCAGUGUAGGAAGGUUCAAACGUUCGAUUAGUGAUGGGUAUUCAAGUUUACGAGGGAGUCGGCCAACAAGUGGGGAGGAGGAAUUGAUUGGACCACACAUUGAACUUUCUGUCGGUUAUCCCGCGGAUUGGAUUGAUGCCCUUUGCCAUGAGCGACUCUUGUCGGCUGACGAGUUCCGCCGCCGCAUUCUUCGGCUUGUUUCCACACGCAAUUCUAUGCGAAAGAAUGAAGUUUUGGAGGUCAUUCCACUCACUAUUGACAUUGACCUGGAGGAGGUAGUGCAGGCAACACAAACAAUCGGCCUUUACGAGCUUUCACAAGCCUUCGAUCGCCUCUUCUUCUGGAACACUCAUUCGGACGGAAGAGAUCCGUGCUUAUCAUCAUCAUCAUCCACAUCCGGAAAAGCGGGCGUACUGGAGGAACUUCCGGAAGAACUAGUGUCUGCAAUUUUUAAUGGUAGAGCGCUGACCAGUCUUGACUACCAUCGUGCACUGCGAACGCGUGACAGUGUUGUGAGGGCAACAGAGGAACAGUUUCGUGACGUCGACUUCAUAUUAACUCCGAUGUUGUCAGAACCGUACGUAAACAGCAGCAUGAGAAGCAUCGCACUCCUGCUCCCGUUUUCACUCGGUGGGAAUCCAAUGGUUUCGUUGCAGUUAGAACCGGACUUUCCUGUCGUGCUUAUUGGUGAGUUAGGUCGGGAUACGGGAUUGUUUGAGGAUAGCACUACGUUUCUUCAGUUCGUGCAAGGAACAUCACCAGGAUGGUGGCGGAGAAAGUUUAUGAGGUGA